UAGUUAGAAGCCAAAAUAGGAGAGCAUUUUAGAGCGUCUAGGAUACCCAGACUGGUAGAAAAAAGAACUGACUCGGCAUAUCAUCGCGUACCCUUGUUUACCCUUGUCUCUAUCACUUUAAGCCCGUUCGUUUCGACAUUUGCUUUCCACAGAACUCAGAACUGUACCAAAACGUUCAACACUUUGGGUCAAGCAGAGCUCGAGGGCUUGGGCAUAUCUUUCUGUUCAUUUUUGGGGAAGAGCCGGGGGUAUCCCUUGCUGCUUGCUCUCAUCCAGACAUAUUGCCUAUCAACUACGCGCAGAGACCAUGGGCUCCGUGUCAUACGACCCGCCGAGGCCUUCCGUGGGGCCUUCGGUCCUCGACGCCAGCCUGCUCGAGGACCAUGGCCCCGCCCCGUUCGAGCCCGUCGCCAUCAUCGGCAUGGCAAUGCGCCUCCCAGGGCGGGUGCGUAACGCCGAGGAUUUCUGGAACCUGCUGGUCCAGAAGAAGAGCGGGCUCUGCGAUGUGCCAAAGGACCGGUUCAACAUUGACGGAUUCCACCACCCAUCCGGCAAGCCCGGGACCAUCCCCCAGAAGCAAGCGUACUACCUCGACGACGUCGAGCUCCAGGAGUUCGACCCCAGCGUCUUCCCCAUCGGCAAAAAGGAGCUGGAGCGUCUCGACCCGGCCCAGCGGCAGCUGCUGCAGGUUGCGUACGAGUGCAUGGAGGACGCCGGCGUGUCCUCGUGGCGGGGCAGCAACAUUGGCUGCUACGUCGGCACGUAUGGUGAAGACUGGCUCGACAUCAAUGCCAAGGAGACGCAGCACCGAGGUGGCUAUCGCGGCACCGCUUGGGGUGACUUCGUGCUCGGCAACCGAGUGUCGUACGAGUUUGACCUUCACGGCCCGAGCAUGACGGUCAAGACGGCCUGUUCCUCGUCGCUCGUUUGCCUAGACUUGGCGUGCGAGGCGAUUCGGAACGGCGAGUGCGACGGCGCCCUGGUGGGCGGCACCAGUCUGAUGUUCUCUCCUACCGCAUGGAUGACGCUCCACGACCAGGGCCUGCUCUCUCCCACGGGCCAGUGCCGGACGUUUGACGCUGCGGCCAACGGCUACACGCGCGGCGAGGCCAUCAACAUGAUCUACAUCAAGAGACUCAGCCACGCUCUCCGAGACAACGACAACAUCCGUGCCGUCAUUCGCGGAACGGCCGUCAACUGCGACGGCCGGACCCAAGGAAUGACCACGCCAAGCUCCACCGCACAGGCGGCCCUGAUACGCCGUACUUACGAAGUCGCUGGCAUCAGGAACCUGUCCGAAACAGCUGUUGUGGAGUGCCAUGGUACCGGCACUUUGGUCGGUGACCCCAUCGAGGCGGAAGCCGUCGCCAACUGUUUUGGGGACAGUGGCGUGAUUAUAACAGGAGUCAAGCCAAACGUAGGACACGCGGAAGGCGCCGCGGGCGUGACGAGCGUGAUCAAGUGUGUCUUGGCCCUGGAGCACAACAAAGUGCCGCCGAAUAUCAACUUCGAGACGCCAAACCCGAAGAUCCCCUUCGACGAAUGCAAGCUUCAUGUGCCGACCGAGGUCGAGGAAUGGCCACAGGGUCGUGCUGAACGGGUCAGCGUGAACUCGUUCGGUAUCGGCGGCGUCAAUGCGCAUGUCAUUCUUGAGUCCCCGCGGCAGUUUGGCAUUGCCGAUCGCCAUCGCGCUGCUCCCGCAAAUGGUGUAAAAGCCAAUGGAAACGGAGUCGCCGCUCACAUGAAAGAAUGUGAGCUGAGCAACGGCAAUGGUGUAAAAGCCAAUGGAAACGGAGUCGUCGCUCAAAAGAGAGAUGGCGAGCCGAGUCUCGUGCUCUUCUCGGCGUACUCUGCAGCCUCGGUCGAGGCGCAAAUCGACUCCUUCCGCGAAUACACCAAGGGCACCAGUGCUACGCUGCACGACCUUGCCCACACCCUGGCAAACAGGCGAGAGCAGAAGCCUCACCGCGCCUACGCAGUGACGAGCGACGUCUCAGACAUUCAGGCCUCGCCAACACAAGUUGUUCAACCGCAGUCCGUCCCCCGCGUCGCAUGGGUUUUCACGGGUCAAGGCGCGCAGUGGCCUGAGAUGGGCGCUGAGCUGAUCGCCACCAACGCCACGUUCCGGGCCACAGUCCGGAAGCUGGACAAGUUCUUGUUGUCACUGCCAACGCCCCCGCCGUGGACCAUUGAGGGCGAAUUGCUUAACGUCGAGGGCGCCAGUCGUGUCCACCGGGCCGAGUUCGGCCACCCGCUAACGAUUGCCGUGCAGAUAGCGCUGGUAGACGUCCUCCGCUCCUGGGGCAUGAAGCCGGACCUCGUCCUGGGGCAUUCCUCGGGCGAGAUGGCUGCUGCGUACGCCAGCGGCGCCAUCACUGCCGAGGGUGCCAUGGCUGCUGCUACCUUCCGUGGCACGAGCAACGUUUCCUCCGACCGCAAGGGAUCCAUGGCUGCCAUCGGCCUCGGGCGGGAACAUGUUUCCCCGUUUCUCGUGCCUGGGGUCGUCAUUGCGUGCGACAACAGCCAGAGCAGCGUCACGCUGGCCGGAGACACGGAGGCGGUGGAACGCGUGCUGGGAACGCUAAAGGCCGAACAGCCGGGCGUGUUUGCGCGUCUCCUGCGCGUCGAGAAGGCUUUCCACUCCCAUCACAUGCGAGAGUAUGGGUCCGACUACGAAGCCCAGAUCACACCAUUCGUGCACAGCGUCAAUCCACUGAUACCCAUGUACUCUUCUGUCACGGGCAAGCGUCGGAUUGGAGAUGGAGCUCUUGAAGCCGCUUACUGGCGCGAGAACAUGGAGAGCCCAGUUUUGUUCAACUCUGCGCUACGCGCCGCGCUGCGUGACCAUCCCGAAAAGACUGUCCUGGUUGAAGUCGGCCCGCACCCGGCACUCGCUGGACCGAUUGGUCAGAUCCUCAGGGACAUGGGCCGGCCAGACGACGUUCACGUCGGCACCCUCGUCAGAGGCAAGGGGGCCCGGCAGAGCCUUCUCCACUGUGCCGGAAAGUUGUUCCAACACAACGUGCCCGUGGACUACUCCGUCUUGUGCCCGCCGGGCAGCUUUGUCCGAGACCUCCCGCGCUACCCCUGGCAGAAAGACACUACACACUGGUUCGAGCCACGCGUGGCGCGCGAGUGGAGGUUCCGCGAGCAUCCGCCGCACGAGCUCCUCGGGAGCAGGGUGUUCGAGACCACGAGCGAGCCCUGCUGGAGAAAGGUGCUUGCCCUGGAAGACGUGGCCUGGCUGGAGGGACACGAAGUCAAUGGCCAGAUCGUGCUGCCCGGUGCGGGAUACAUCGCCAUGGUGGGCGAAGCCCUCCGGCAGCUCGAGGGUGGUGAAACGACGUAUAGCCUCAGGAACGUGCGCAUCGCAGCGGCCCGAGUGCUCGAGGCGGGUAAGACCGUCGAGUUGGUGACGAGUCUCAAGCCCGUCAUCAUAGACGCGUCGGAAGAUUCUCCCUGGUAUACCUUUACCAUCAGCUCCUUCGACGGGACAAAGUGGGUCAGAAACUGUUCCGGUGAGGCGAGAGCGUCGACGGACAAGUCGGUCCCGCUCCAGACGGCGGCAACUCCCUUUGCCCCCUUCCCGCGAAAGAUUGACCACGACGCCUGGUAUGGCGUGAUGACUCGCGUCGGACUCAACUACACCGGCCUGUUCAGGGGACUGAGAUCCAUUUCGGCAUCCACCAACAAGAACGAGGCCGUUGCCGAGGUGGUAGCAAGAGAGGUGGCCGAUAGUGUUGGGCGGUAUUCGCUUCAUCCUGCCAUCAUUGACCGAUGCUUCCAGGUCUUCACGGUCGCCGCCGCCCGCGGGCUCGGAAAGAAUAUGACCCAGCUUGUGGUGCCGACUUUCAUCGGGGAGAUGGUGGUCGCCCCUUGUACACGGGAUCUGGAGGUCAAGACCCAGCUCCUCGGCACCAUGAGCCGGGGAGCCUUUGUCGGAGAUCUGGCGGCGCAUAGUGCCGGCCAGCAGGUGUUGCAUCUCAAAGACUUUCGCACAUCGGCUCUCACGAGCGGCGACGGCUCUGCGGGGGAGCAGCCGCUGAUCUCGCAGCUUCAGUGGCUGCCACACAGCGACUUCGCGGACCUGGGCAAGUACAUGCACCCAGUGGAGACACAACCGGAGGAAUGGCAUCUGCUGGAAGAACUCAUCAUCCUGUGCGCCAUCGACCACCUAGAGCGACUUGAGCUAGCCGAGCAGACGCCGGGCCAUCUUGGCAAGUUCUUCGAGUGGAUGCAUGCCCUUGUCCAGCGCUACCGAUCGGGGGCCAACGUCUUCGUCUCCAAUGAUGCGCACCUGGAAGAGCUGAACGGCGACCAGAGACUGGCCAGGAUCGACGAACUAGCCGUCCGGGUCUCAAGCACGCGGUACACGGCAUUCUCCACUGCGAUCCACCGCCUCUUCAAAGCAGCCCCUUCCAUCUUCGCAGGCGAGACCCAUCCGCUGCACGUCUUGCUCGAGGACAACGUGCUCACCGAGUUCUACAACACCGGAGAUGUCCUCGACUACGCCACCGCGAUCCAGCUCAUUGGCAACACGACCCCGCGACUGAGAAUUCUCGAGGUCGGUGCCGGCACUGGCGGUACCUCGGCCAAGAUCAUGCAAGCGCUCCAGUCAUCCUACGGGGAGCGCCUAUACAGCAGCUACAAGUACACCGACAUCUCGUCUGGAUUCAUGACGGCCGCCAAAAAAAGGUUCGCCGACGCCCAGAACAUCGAGUACGCAGUGCUCGACAUCAGCAAGGAACCCCUGGAACAGGGGUUCCAGCCCGGCAGCUUUGACUUGAUUAUCGGCGCCAACGUUAUCCACGCUACCCCCUCUCUACCAGUUACCCUUAGCCACCUGCACACCUUGCUCAGCCCGGGAGGACGAAUCUUCCUCUCGGAGCUUUGCCCCGAAACAAUGUUUGUGAACUACGUCAUGGGCUUCCUGCCGGGCUGGUGGCUCGGUGCUGAGGACAAUCGGGCGGAGCAGCCGUGGAUCUCGCCAGAACGCUGGACGAAGGAACUCGUGGCGGCAGGAUUCGAGAAGCCCGAAGCCGUGGUUCUCGAUUAUGCCGUCCCAUACCAUACCAGCGCAGGAAUCAUAGCUUCACGCCAGAGCAGAGAGACCAAACCGGCAAGGGUGACGCUGUUGUGCCACACUCCCGAUGGGCCCUACGUUGCCGACAUGCGGCAGGCUCUCGAGGCAUUGGACAUCGCCGUUGACACCUGCCGGCUAGGCCAGGAUUUGCCCGCCCACGAUAUCAUCUCGCUUUUGGAUCUCCAGGAGGAACCCCUGAUCCACGGCAUGACGGAGAACACUUUCGCCAGCUUGAUCGGGUCCCUGAAGUCGCUCAAGGCGAACAUGCUCUGGGCGACCCGGGCCUCGCAGGUAGACUGCGAGGACCCCAGAGCCGCCAUGAUCCUGGGCCUCGCCAGAACGGCUCGCAACGACUUGUCCAUCAAGCUGUUCACCGUCGAGAUCGACAGCGCCACGCCCCCGUCCACCGCGAGCGAGGCCGUCGCCAAGAUCCUGCUCAGGGCCAACUCUCCGCACGUCGACCCCCAGCACACGAGUCCCGACUACGAGUUUGCCAUCUCCAACGGCGAGAUCCUGGUCCCCCGGCUCCACUGGCAGACCACGUCCGACUCGUUCGCGCAGCAAGUCGUCCCAGGAAUCGAGGAGGGCGGCGCCACCACCCGAAAGCAUAUCGAUGUGAACACGCCAGGCCUGCUCCACACCAUGUGCUGGAAGGAAGCCAAGAUUCAGACCCCUGGGGAUGGCGAGGUGCUCAUCCAGCCAAAGGCGGCCGGUCUGAACUUCCGGGACGUCAUGAUUGCCCUCGGCAUUCUCAACCACAGCCCGGCGGAGAUGGGCUUCGAGGGAAGCGGCAUCGUUCGGGCGGUAGGCCCCGGAGUCCAACGCCUCUCGGUGGGUGAUCGUGUCUUGUAUAUGGGGAGCAGUUGUUUCUCGACCUACUUGACGAUGCAGGCAGCGUUGUGCAUCAAGAUAGACGAAACGAUGAGUUUCGAGCAGGCCGCGGCGCUGCCCGGUGUCUACGCCACUGCACUCAUGGCGCUGGUCGACAAGGCGAAUCUCCAAAGAGGACAGUCAAUCCUUAUCCACUCUGCAUGUGGUGGUGUCGGCCUGGCCGCCAUUCAGAUAUCGCAGAUGAUAGGUGCAGAUAUCUAUUGCACAGUGGGAAGUGAGGCCAAGGUCCAGUACCUCGUGGAGAGCUACGGCAUCGAGCGCACCCGCAUUUUCCACUCCCGGGACGCGUCAUUCCUGGCCGACGUCAUGGGUGCGACCGACAAUCGCGGAGUCGAUCUGGUGCUUAACUCGCUGUCUGGCGAUCUCCUCCACGCCUCGUGGAUGUGCGUCGCCGAGUUCGGCACCAUGGUCGAGAUCGGGAAGCGAGACUUCCUGCGGCGAGCAAAGUUGACGAUGGAGCCUUUCGAACAGAACCGCACCUUCAUCGGCUUGGAACUCCGCCUCCUCUCCCAACUCCACCAGAACAAGGCAGCAGACUUGCUGAAACGCUCCGUCGAGUUGGUCCGGACCAAGGCAGUCCGCGGCCCACCCAUCGAUAGCGUGUUCCCCGCUGCCCAGAUCCGAGACGCAUUCAGGCACAUGCAGACCGCUCGACAUAUUGGCAAGAUCGUCAUCACGCUGCCCGAGGAUCCGCUGGAACUGGAGUCGGUCGUGUCCAAGCCCACGCCAGCCUUCCGUCCGGAUCGCAGCUAUCUCCUUGCCGGCGGCCUCGGCGGCCUGGGACGAUCGAUCGCCACGUGGAUGGUGGAGAAUGGCGCACGCAGCCUGAUCUUCCUGGCGAGAUCCGCGCGAGAUAGCAGCCCGGAGACGCGUGACUUCUUGGAGGAACUGCGUUCACAGGGCUGCUGGGUCCAAGUGGUUGCCGGCAGCGUUAGCAAUCCGAGCGACGUGCAGCGGGCCGUCGAUGGCGCUGCUAAGCCCCUCGCCGGAGUCCUCAACCUAUCCAUGGUAUUGAAGGAUGUUGGACUCGGCGAGAUGACCUUUUCGGAUUGGACAGCGGCCGUAGAGCCCAAGGUGAAUGGCACAUGGAACCUGCACAACGCCAGCUUGUCAUCCGACCUAGAUUUCUUUAUCUUGUUUUCGUCAUACGCCGGCUUUGGCGGACACAACGGCCAGGCCAACUACGCGGCCGGCAAUACCUUCCUCGACGCCUUUGUACAAUACCGGCACCGAAACGGGCUCGCCGCGUCCGUCAUCGACGUCGGCGUCAUGGCCGACGUGGGCUUCGUGGCCCGCGACACCCGUCUGCUCGAGCGCCUCGAGAAGACGGUCAUGCGCCCGGUGCGGGAGCAGGAACUUCUCGACACCUUGCUCCUAGCCAAGGAGAGGUCCAAACCCUCCUCUUCUCCUGCGCGGCGGCCGCGCAACCAAGUAGUGGCGUACGAGAACCUGAGCCAGAUCCUGCUCGGGCUUGUCACCACCGUUCCCAUCUCCUCGCCCCUCAACCGGGCUAGCUGGCGACACGACGCGCGCAUGAGCAUCUACUACAACCACGACCAGUCGGGCGACGAAACGUCGACUGCUACGACCUCGGAGAAGGCCAGCCUGAAGGCGCAACUCGCAUCCGAGGUAUCCGAGGAGGGCAGGACGGCGACCAUCGCGAAGGCGAUCGCGUCGGCCCUGGCCAACUUCCUGAUCAGGGACGAGGACAGCAUCCCCAUGGACAUGCCGCUCGAGAGUGUCGGCAUAGAUUCGCUGGUCGCCAUGGAGGUGCGGAACUGGAUCCGCCAGCAGGUCGGCGUGGAGACGCCCACGAUUACCAUAGUCCAGAGCCCGUCUCUGUUGCGCUUGGGGGACGAGGUUAGACAAGCCAUGGCGGAUCGCGCCAGUUCUUAGACAACCUGGUCAUUCUCAUAUUUCCUUAGUUAGUAUAUAAUAGUAUUUUUGCUACUUCACUCGAUUUAA